AUGCCUAAACGAGGAAAGCAAACUCUUCAACGUCGCCGAAGACGUCAAGAUCGUGGCGGGUCCAGGUCGUAUUCUACUGAUUCAGAUGGUCUUGGCGAAGAAAUCAAAGAAGUCUUUGACCAAAUGGAUUUUAUUUAUGGGGAACUGGAAGGUGCGUUUUUCGAGGUUUUUAUUCUAGUUUUUAGUUGUUGUAAACGCGGAUUCCUUCAUCUUCUCCAAUGUCGAAUUGAGCGAGAUGGACGGCAGUUUGGAUUAUGUUUACGAACAAAUAGGCAGUAAGUUUUUUCUUUAGUGUUAGGACGCUUGUCGCCAAAGAAUAGGUAAAAUUGACGUUUCACUAACUAAAUUGUCUUACAGAAUGGCUCGUCGGGUAUUGUGGAUGCCUCGUACAACGUGAACAAACCGGCCACUUGGACAUUGAUGCGUUGGAGAACCUGCUAGAUCGAUUGUUAGGAAUCUGCUACCAAAUGGAAUGUAAGAAUAAUAAAAAUUUCUUUAUUCCUCCACGAAUCUCACUUUAGCCUGGAUAAAACUAGUAGACCAUGUCCUCCAAAACCCUGAGGCGCUUUACGGAACCUCUGAACUUCCUCCUCAACACGAGAAAGAUGCCCACGAGCUAAGAAGGAGAAGGUCUCGAGUAACCGAAGUUCAGACCUAUUUGGAGAAGUUAAAACAGCGUCAUGCCUCUCAUUUGAUUACGAAUGAUCAUCGGGCCUUCCAAGACAUCUCAACCGAGGAUCUGGAUCGGCUAUCAUACCGAUACGCCCGUUUUACCAUGGUUGGUUUUCCAUGAUCUGCAUUAUUACCCUUGAAUUUAGGCCUCAUUCCCUUCGUCUUGUCCCCAAGAGCUUUUCCAACUCCUACUUGGGCUGAAGAUCAGUCAAAUCCCCGAACUGCUACACAACCUCCCGUUCGAUGGAUGUGUUCCAGUUCAAAAUGUUACCCCAACUUCAGAAGUGAAUGGACUAACAGUUAAUAAUGCAUGA